AUAUAAUUUGUAAGAAAUUAAUCAUUACUCUAUUUUUUGUGCAUUAAUUCAUAAAAUUGUAGUUGUAGAGUACGAGCAAUAAUUAAUGCGAAGUAGUAUAUAUAUUGACAUCAAAAUUAUAAAGAUUUGAUUUAUUAUUUGUUCUAUAUUAACCAAAAAAAAUUUAUAGUCAAACCAACAAGCUCACACAAACAACUAACUACAUACUAAAAAUCUCAUCUUUAGAAAAAAAAAAAAAAAAAAAAAAACACACACACACCCAUUAUUUGAGCUCUCUGGUGUCAAACAAGGCCAUAGUAUAAUUUCAUUAAAUUACUAAAUUUAUAAUAAAUUGAGGUAUCGCCCGGACCAAGUUUGUAUUUUAAACAGCUUACAGCCUGACACCAACAAUAUUAAAAUUUGAUACUCCGUAUUUGUUUCAGCAGAACACAAAAAAUGGGUACUAAUCUCUCUCUUACACAUUUCCGCUCCCCACCUUUUUCUGAAUUUUAUCCUAUUAAUUUAAAUUCAUCUUCUCCUCUCAAAUUCCCCAAACACAUCAACAGUCACAGCCGCCAACUGCGCCACUACCCCACUUCACCAUUUUCUGUUAGUAGAAAUCAGCGACAAAUUUCUCCAAUUUUUAACAAAUUUGAGCCUGAGCCUGACCCAGAUGAUGAAGAUAAAGUGCAAAGUACAGGGGUUAAAGCUGCGUUAUCAAUGCUCAAAUUCUAUAAAAGAGAGAUAUCGCCAUUGUUGCCUAAGAGUUGCCGUUAUGUACCAUCAUGCAGUGAAUAUUCGAUGAUUGCUUACAAGAAAUAUGGAGUUGCUAAGGGCACUAUAUUGACUGCUUGGCGCCUUUGUCGUUGCAAUCCGCUAGGUGGCUCAGGCUUUGAUCCUCCAAGAUGGUUUGGCGAAGAAAGGGUAUCUGAGUCAUCAGAGGAGUGAGAAUUUUCCGCGUCUUCAUCCAAUAUAGCUAUUCAAAUGUGAUCUGGUCUUCAAUGUUACAAAUUCUGGGUUUCACUAGGCCUGUGUUAAGCUUUGCUGAUGAACUGCACUGGAUUGCAAAAUGCUGCAGGAAAACUGAUGCUAGGAGCAGACUCAUUGUGAUGUACUUUUCUGAAACUGUCUACAAUGUGUGGCUUCAAAGUAAUGCUUUAAUGUUUACAGGAAACUGUAAAUCAGUUUCUGAUUUAAUUAGGGAGAUAAUUUUUCUGGUUGCUUGCAUAUGUAAUAGCAUUGAUAGAUAUUUACUGUAUUCUGCUUAGGUUUGUUGUUCUGGUCCUA